AUGGCUUCAGACUCAGAGGAGAUUGAGUAUCAAGCUAUAGGCAAAAAUCUGUACAAACCUGCCUAUCGGCAAGAGGCUGCUGGGCCUAAUGAAGAAGAUGAUGAUGACAGUGAGAUAAGUUUGCAAGAGGAGCGAGGAUUUCUGGUUCACAUGAGUCCUGAUGUUAACAGAUCUCAGUGGAACCAUGUUGAUGACCUGGACAAGUUCUUCACUAGUGUUUAUGAGUAUCACCAGCGACAUGGCUUUGAGACCAUGGUGUUGGCAGAGAUUUUGCAACUUCUGCAAUUUGUCUUCAUUGUCCUUUUUGUGACCUACCUCAACUGGUGUGUCAAUUAUGAGGAGCUCUUCAACAAUGUUCAUCACAAUAGCACAAAGGAGAAGAUCACUUUUGAUGAUGUUACCUACCCGCUUGGUACAUGUGUAGCAAGGUUCAACUUUGUCACCUGGUUUCUGUUGUUCUUGUGUUUGCUGGUGUUCAUCGGCAAGAGCAUCAAGAUGAUUAUCAACUUCAGCAACUACUUGCGAACACGCAACUUCUUCAUUGGUGCUCUCAACAUUGACACAAAAGACCUCAGCAACAUGACCUGGCAUGAGGUUCAGCUUCGUCUUUUAGAGGUUCAGAAAGAGCAACAGAUAUGUAUCCACAAACAGGAGCUGACACAGUUAGAUAUAUAUCACCGGAUUUUACGGUUCAAGAAUUAUUUAGUUGCCAUGGUCAACAAGGAUGUCCUGCCACUAAAGUUCAAACUGCCUUGUAUAGGACAGCAUUCAGUGUUUACUCACGGGAUGCGUUUCAACCUGGACGUUAUAUUGUAUUGGAGCCCGUGGUCGAUUUUUAUAAACAGCUACACAAUGAGAGAAGAAUACAAGAACCACCACAAAAGGAAGCAGUUAGCAGAUCAGUUGUCCACACACAUUGCUUUCCUGGCGCUUUUGAACUUGCUGCUGUCCCCCUUUAUAUUCAUGUACCAGUUACUGUACUUCUUUUUCCGCUAUGCAGAUAUCGUCAAGCGUUCACCAAGCUUUCUUGGCACAAGACAAUGGGCAAACUAUGGACGGCUGUAUCUCAGGCACUUUAAUGAAUUGGAUCAUGAACUUAAUGCAAGAUUAAGUCGAGCCUACAUGCCUUCAAAGAUGUACAUGAACAGCUUCACUUCUGCCUCACUAACUGUUGUAGCUAAGUACACAGCCUUCUUUGCUUGUGCUCCAGCAGCUGUCCUGUUUGUAUUGGGUAUUUUAGAUUUCCGAGAUGUGACCAGAGUAGAGCAUUUGGUUACUGUUGCCUCCAUCUGUGGAAUUUUGGCUACAAUCUGUUCUUCCUUUAUUGCUGAUGAGAAUGAAGUGUUCUGUCCAGAGCGACUGAUGAUGAGCAUUCUAGCCCAGAUUCACUACAUGCCAGAUCACUGGAAAGGUCGUGCCCACACUUCACACGUCAGAGAUGAGUUUGCAAUGCUGUUUCAAUACAAAGUGGUUUAUAUUUUGGAGGAGCUCCUGAGCCCAAUCUUCACUCCUUUUUGGCUGUUCUUCUGCCUGCGACCUAAAUCUGUCCAGAUCGUGGACUUCUUUCGAUGUUUCACAGUCGAGGUGGCUGGAGUUGGGGAUGUCUGCUCCUUUGCACAGAUGGACAUUAAAAAGCAUGGCAAUCCACAGUGGACACAAACUAAACCAGGUACUGACGUGGCACCACGAGCUAUGCAGGCGGAGAAUGGGAAAAUUGAGCUGUCCCUUAUGCAUUUCACUACCACAAACCCAGAAUGGAAACCACCUGAAGAGAGCAAUGCUUUUAUAGCCGGUGUCAAAACUGAAGUUCAAAGGGAGUUGCCAGCUCUAACAAGUAUUAUAGCUGAUCCAUUCAGUCUGCCGAGCCUGGGAUAUGUGAAUCCUGUACCUCCCUUGUUUCCGAUGGGUUCCAGCAUUCAAAGAAGCUAUCAGUUCCAACCAGAGCAGAUGAGCUCACUGAGCCCAAUGUCUGGCCAGCCUCCCAGGCUAAGAGGUGGACUCUCCAGCCAUGAUGGUCCUAUUAACCAGAAUUCAAACUUUCAAACAAGUUUGACCAACUCUGGUUCCUUUCACACGGCCACGUUUGCUCUGAGCGGGCUGGACGAGGGUCAACAUGAGCUGUUGUCCGGCAACAUGAGCUUGAGUGUUUUGCAUAUGCACGAAGCUCACCAUCGCAAACGUCGUGUGUCCAGCGGAGUUUUCCGACAGUGCUCUGAUGAAGAUCCAGCCACACCACAGGAGACCAGGCUGUCGGGUAUACCACUGUCAAAUAUGACAUACAGCCGAGGGCAGCACUCUGGAAGGAACCCUAGCAGCGGCGCCAUGCAUGCUUCAGCUUCCCCAGACAUGCUGUCCUCUACUUCCUCAACAGGGUCAGUCAUUCUACGUGAGACUGAUCCUCAGAGGUCGACUCAUUUGACAGACACCUCUUGGGUUAACCAGCCUGGAGCCGCAGCACAAGCUACUGAAGCACCUUCGUUUUCCUCAUCUCCGUACAAAACGCUAUCACACGGUGCAGCUCCUGCGCCCAUGCCUCACCCUUUGUCUCAGGAUGUAUUUGAUGAUGAUGCAGAAUCGGGACUCUCCAGCCUUCCUCCAUUACCGACCCCUCAGUCUCCCUUUGCAUUGCAACAGCCAUCUGCCAGUUCUGGUACUGCUUGGACUCCUGGACUCAGAGUUGCUAAUGAACACAUGCCGCGAAUCCGAGAAGACAGCGUCGAGCACGAGCUGGACACAUCUGAAGCUGCCCCCACAGGUCCUAGAAAGUAA